AUGUUUAAAGGCGAGCCGGCCAAGGAUGAAAAAAUUUAUGACCGGGGCACAGAAGUCACACACAAAGAUGUGACCGAUGUCAAUUCUACCCUUGAUGACGAUGAUGCCCAGCUUGCGCGUCGCCUUGGUCACCGCUCCGAGUUUGCUCGUGAAUUUAAGAGCUUCUCAACCAUCUCAUUCGCCUUUGCUAUCAUGGGUCUGGUAUCUUCCAUUGCCACUACUUUCUCCACGCCUUUUCUCUAUGGAGGUGGGCCAGCAUCGACUGUUUGGGCGUGGUUUAUGGGAUCAUGCUUCAAUAUGACCCUGGGUACUGCGAUUGCAGAACUAGUCUCAGCCUAUCCAUCAUCGGGCGGUCUCUAUUCUGCUAGUGGUAUGCUUGUCCCCCAGAAAUACCGAGCUCCGGUGGCGUGGUGUACAGGAUGGCUCAAUUUGACUGGUCAAAUUGCUGGUAUUGCUGGUACUGAAUAUGGUCUUUCGCAGAUGAUCUAUGCAUGGGCCUAUGUCAUCUCAGAUGGAAACUUUAUUGCUACCCGUCCCAUGACAGUGGGUCUAUACUUUGCUUUGCUCGUUAUUCAUGGGUGCAUCAACACACUGGACUCCAAGACGCUAGCUAAGAUGACCGGCUCGUACGUCGUUGUCAACAUUGGCAUUACCUUUGUCAUCAUCAUCGUCUUGUUGGCCACGACCCCUUUGCAUGAGAUGCAUGGACCCUCGUAUACAUUUGGAAAGCUGAUUAACAACACGGGAUGGACAGGUCAAGGUGGUGAUGCUCUUGCUUUCUUGUUCGGUCUUUUGUCAGUUCAGUUCGUGAUGACAGAUUACGAUGCGACUGCUCACAUUUCCGAGGAGGUACACCGUGCCUCUAUCGCUGCACCGGUGGCUAUUAUGGUAGCUGUAGCUGGUACAGGUAUUGUUGGCUGGCUCCUUAAUAUUGUCCUCGUCAUUACUUCAGGCGAUGUGGUGAAUGGUGAUGUGGACCAAAUGCCAGCUGGUCUGGCUAUGGCUGAGAUUAUGCGUAUGCGUAUGGGCAAGGUUGGUUUCCUAGUUGUGUGGCCCUUCGUGUGCCUUGUGGCCUUCUUUGUGGUGACCACUGCGACGCAGGCCAAUGCGCGUUCCUUCUAUGCUUUCUCGCGUGAUCGCGGCUUGCCUGACCGCCGUUUCUUCAGCAAGAUUUUCAAGCCUACGGGUACAACUGCCAACGCUGUAUGGCUUGUGAUUGUACUAUGUAUGCUUCUUGGCUGCCUUGGCUUUAUUUCGCAGACAGCUAUCAAUGCGAUCUUCGCGUUGGCUGCCUUGGGUAUGGACAUUUCCUAUCUAAUUCCCAUUGUUUGCCGCCAAAUCUUCCAAAACCAUCCCGAGGUACUCUUUGAGCCUGGUCCAUUCACUCUCGGCAAAGGAUUGUUUGGCCGAAUUAUUAAUUCCGUGGCCAUCUUCUGGACCUUGUUUGAAUGCACUAUUUUGAGUAUUCCUACGGUGCUUCCGAUCUCGGCUGUCAACUUUAACUAUUCAUGGGUGGUCAUGAUGGGUGUUCUUUUCAUUGCUGUGUUCUACUAUCUGAUUCAUGCCCGCAACUAUUACGAGGGUCCACGCAGCACCAUGACGCCCGAUAUGCUUCAUAAGCUUGGUGUUGUUACCCUAGAGGAAGAGAAAACACUCGAGCAUCAUCCGGAGCUUGAAUACACAGACUUGCCCGGUCAUGAAGAAACAGAAGACCCACCUAUUAUUCCUUUUACACAUAACCACGAUGGCCACCAUGGCCAUGAGUCGCACCCAGGAUCCAACUGA